UGUGAAUCAGAUUGAAUUCAAUGGGUCCUUGUACCAUUUCUCUCAAAACCCGUCCGACUUUUACACAUCGAAAGUCUCUUGUGAGGAUCUUGGAAUGCAUCUGGUCUCGAUAGGAUCCCAGCUAGAACAGGACUUCUUGGUCUCCAACCUACCCGACAAUAGCUCAGAAUACUGGAUAGGACUAGACAGUGUGACUUGGCAAGACGGUUCAAACCUGACUUACAACAGGUUCAGAGGAUAUUUCUAUGAUUUUGAUGAAGGAGGAACUUAUUUCGUAAUGUAUAUACCGGUUCCAACCUAUUGGCUUGAUGACAUCAUCAGUGUCGACAGCAAGCGUAAUUGUAUUUGUGAAAAAGAAGGCGCCUGUAAUCCAGGUCAUGUCGAAUUCCAGGGGUCUUGCUAUCACUUCUCUGGAAUUGUUUCAAAUUACAACGCAGCCAAAGCCCUUUGUGAGAGCCUAGGAAUGCAUUUGGUCUACAUAGGUUCUCAAGAAGAACAGGAUUUUUUGGAGAUAAUCCAAGCACCUUAUAUCGCGAUCGGUACGUGGAUCGGGCUUAGUGAUGUGACCUGGCUCGAUGGUUCUAGUCUGACCUAUGCUAAUUUCGGUAUAACAACCUCGACAUUCGAUGAUGGAGGAACUUAUUUCGUGAUGAGCUCGUCGUCCUCGUUUCGGUGGCUCGACGAUGACGGAUCAAACCUUCACUAUGCCAUCUGUGAAAAGGAAGGAGAUUGUUAUGGGGUCCCAUAUACCUACAUGUACAUUUACAGUGGGUCCUGCUAUUACGUCUAUGCUACCCCUGUCAGCUUCCUGACGGCGAAAUCAUUUUGCGAGACUUAUGGAACGCAUCUGGUCUCGAUAGGAUCCGGAGGAGAGCAAGAUUUCUUGGUGACCAAUCUUCCUGACGUUAACACAGAUUACUGGAUAGGAUUAGACAGUAUCACCUGGCAAGACGGCUCACAGAUGAUCUUUAACAGUUUCAAAGGAUAUCCGGAUGAUUUCAAUCUCGGGGGAACUUGUUUUAUAAUGGUAACAUGGAAACAAGUUCACUGGUUUGAUCGUACAGCCGACACCUCAAACGACAUAGAGUAUUACAUUUGUGAAAAAGAAGGCGUACCCUGUGAUUUGACUCAAAUCGAACACGACGGGUCCUGCUAUUACUUCUCCCCACAACAAGCCACUUACCACGCAUCCAAGCUAAUCUGUGAAAGCCGAGGCAUGCAUCUGGUCUACAUCGGAUCCCAGGAAGAAGGAGACUUCUUGAAGUUAAAAGGCCCAUCGGACAAAAAUAUAUGGAUUGGGUUGAGUGCUGUAACCUGGCUCGAUAACUCUAUCCUGACCUAUGCUAAUUUCGGUAAAACCACCUCGACAUUCGAUGACGGAGGAACUUGCUUCGUGAUGAAUUCUUCCGCUUCUUUUCGAUGGCUCGACGAUGACAGUUCUAACCAGCAUUACUACAUUUGUGAAAAGGAAGUAGGUACAGAAUCUUCAACAUUCACCCCCGCAACAAGUCAAGGUUGCACCGACGUUGCUACAUUCAGUUCUCUACCGGCGACCGAUACCACUUCAGCAACAUCUACCACAGGCACAUCCCAAGCGAUGGCUACGUCUCCAAUCUCUGCCACACGCGCAAAAUGGGCGAAGGCGGCAACUGCAAUCUUCUCUGCUCCGGUGGAAGCUCACAAGCGAUCCAAUUACUUCAAAAUGUUGGUCAAUGGUGCAACACUCGUCGAUGUCCUCGUCCGCUCAUCGUAUACCGCUUCGACCGUCAUCGCUUGCGGCCACAGGUGCCUAAAUGACCGUCUCUGCUCAUGCUUCACGUACAUCGCACAUGAGAGGACAUGCCUUCUUGCCGAGAGUUGCCCGUCGACAUUAAAGUCCGGCUAUGAAGAACGCCCUGGAGCUGUAACCUAUUCGACUUAAAUCCAAUCUAGGCUUCUUCAAAUUUAACUUCUUCAUGUAUAUAUAUAUAUAUGCAAAGUGAAAUUAAUCAAAUGAAGUAAUACUCAUCUGCAAUGGCUUGGCUACAGUGUGGGGGCAGGGCCGCAUUGCCCCCAUCGGGUGCCCCCUGCUAUGAUGCCGCUGCCCCUUAAAUGACUGGAUCCACUCGAACUGCGUCACUUUUUACACGCAAAUUUAAGGAGAACCUCUAGUAAUAGACAAAUUUACUUCUUGUCUAUCUCUAGAUUUCUUUUAAUCUUCUAAUUUAUUAUGAUGUGUGAUAAUGGUUAAAUGAUAAAAUAUGUAAGUUAAACGUGCGUAUGUAUCAAUUGUUUAUACAGUGUAACAGCAACUAUAGAUAUUAGAGCACAUAACACAUGUAAACACACUGCAAAUUCUCAUUACUAAAAUGUAUAGUUAUUUUUCUCACUUAAAAUAAGUUUGAUUAUUUGUGUACGUUCAAACAUUACAACAUAGGUUAAGCAUCUUUCGUUUAUUGGAAUAUUUAUUUAUUUUUAGUGAAGUGUAUUGUUUUGUCUAGAUUAUUUGGGUUAGGCUCAGUCGUACAAAAACACUCCAACAUUUAUUAGGGAUUCGGUUUCGUGAAACCGUCAUCGCUGCUACAGCAAGGGAUCGUUCCCCCCGGAAAAUUUGAAAAAGUGCCAAAAAAUAUGUAUAGCAAAUACUGACUAAAGACUGCAACACACUU